AUGUCUCUCUAUCCUACAGGUGUGAACGCCAUCCCAGGAGUGAAAUAUUCUGAUAGUGCUGGAGGAUUUUUCUAUGAAGACAGUGGGAGGCUGCAAUCAGUCACCAGGAGUCGCUUCAUACACUGGACCACGUCUGGUGACACCUUGCAGCUGACGGAACAGUCCCUGGAUUGUAACCUCCUCAACAACACGGUCCGCAUCAAGUUCCUGAAUUGUCACGUGCUUCCAGGUGGCGUCCAUGUACACGAGACUCAUGACCGUGUGACCCUGCUCAUUCUGACCAACCGGACUGUGCACAGGAUUGUGCUGCCGCACCCCUCGCGCAUGUACCGGAGUGAGCUGAUCACUGACGGGCAUAUCCAAUCCAUCUUCACUGACAUUGGGAAGUUAAACCUGCGUGACCCAGCAAACAGUUUUAUGAUUCCCGGUGUCCAGGGCCACUCUACUAACUCGACAGCCUCCGCCACUUGGCUGAACAGUGAUGGGGAUGCUCUGUUUGCACUCGCAUCUUGGUCUGGAGGCAUUCUCAUUAUCCAACUCCCUGAGCAAGACACAGCAGGUAAUCCGGUUUUACUGGAACUCAAACAUAGCUCGGUCAUGCAGCGCUUACUGACCGGGUGGAUGCCGACUGCAAUCAGAGGUGACCAGGGCCCUUCAGACCUGCCAGUCAGUCUUGCAGUCCAGCUUUUGGAACACGAUGCUUUCAUCUUUGCUCUCUGUCAGGACCACAAGCUCCGACUUUGGUCCUUCAAGGAUCAGGUUUGCCUGAUGGUUGCGGAUUUGCUGGUUUUUGUGCCUGUCAACAAGGAGCUGCGACACACAGUCAGUCUGGGUCAUAAGCUGCGUUUGGCCUACUCCUCCUCUGGUUUCUUCUUGGCUGUUUACCUGCAUUGCCCCAAACGUGGACAGUUCUGUGUCUUCCAGUUGGUGAGCUGCAUUGAGAGUAACCGCUACAGUCUGGAUCACAUCUCUACACUCUUCUCCACACAGGAACCGCUGGUGGAUUUUGCCCUCACUCCCACUGAUAUCUGGGCUUUGUGGCAAGAUGAGGACAACCAGGCGAGCGUACGAUACAUCAGCUUUGAGCAUAACAACGCUGGGCAGUGGAAUCAGGUUUUCACGCAGCCUGUAGCUGAUGAAGAAUUACAUGUACCAGAGGAUCAGGACCCUAAGGAAGCCUACCUGGAAUACCUCUUUGCCCCAGGCCGGUUUGCAGCUCAAGCCCUGCUGAAAGCUCUGCAGAUAUAUUGUCGAGGGGCAGAUAGAAUCGUGGACCCAACCGUGGAUGGGCUGAAGAAGGAAGUGACGUUAGCUGUGGAAAAUGCGAUUCAGAGUAGUGUGACUGAGUACGAGUUCUCGCAGGAGGUCUACCGUCAGCUGCAGGUGGAAUUCUGGUCCAAGUUCUAUGCCUGCUGCCUACAGUACCAGGAGGCCCUGGCACGACCUCUCGCAUUGCUCGUCAAUGCACGCACCAACAUGGUGUGCCUGCUGAAAAAGGGGUUUCUGUCUUUCUUUUUCCCCUGCCUUGCCAUUGAUCAUCUCUACAUGUCUUCAGACGAGUGUCUGUUUCUGGAAGACGAGUGUUCCCUCACGGAUGAUCCAGAUGUAGCUAGGGACCUGCAUCGCUUGGUGCAGUGUCUCCGGCUGGUGGGAGACGCCAUCACUUUGGAAAUGGCCUCGUUGAUGGAAACAGCAGUGAGCCACCUCCAUCCCCCUGAAAAGGCUGCAGAGCAGAUCCUCGAGUUCCUUCUGGCCAGAGACACUGAGACGCAUAUGGAGCUUCAAAGUAAAUUGCAGGAUAUCCGUAACCCAGGGAACAUAAUCCAGCUGCUGCUGCGGGAAAUGGACCAGGAGGGUGACCUGGACACAGGCGAUGCCCAGCCUCUGCACAUUCGGAUGAACAUGGCUCAGUUCUUUGGCAGCAACAUUGCCAUUAACAUUGUGUGUCGGGCAGUGUCCCACAUAUCCACAACUCGGUUCCUCAUCUGCCGGGACCUACUGAUUCUGGAGCAGCUCAUGUUGCACCUCGGAGAUAGUAUGAAUCUGGGAGCUGGUGGCUACCUCCUGCAGCUCCAACAGGAUCUCAUUCCUCGGACCUCUCUCCUCGUGUGUUCCUACUUUGUGGUCAGGUGGGCAAGUCGGUCGUUGGCAUCAGCCGUGCCUAUUGACAUGCUGGAAUCAAAUCUGCGGCAGUUAUCUGUGUUGGAGUUGACUGACUCUCGUGAUGUAACAUCCCAACGGCCAGUCACUGGGCCCAGCACAGUGGUGGAGUUGUUCUAUCGGAGUGUGGCCAGGAAGCACAUUCUCUCCCGGCUGCUGGCCCAGGCAAACAGCCCCUUAAACCAACCGCUGAUCAACUAUACGCAGGUUGGGAUUGCUCUCGCCAGCCACCUCCUACAAUACUUAUGGGCGAAUAACAGUAGCUUUCUGUUUGCGGAGUUUCUCAUGGGACACUGCCAGUACGUGCAGCUCCAGGAAUACGUGAGGUUGCUGCAGCCUUGGUGUGAGGUUAAUGUCGGCUCGCGAAGAUUUGUGCUGGGCCAGUGUUACCUCGUUACAGGAGAAGGACACAAGGCUCUCGAGUGUUUCUGCGAUGCUGCUGCAGCAGUGGACAGAGAGGAAUUCCUGGACAGAUUGAUCCAAGUGGAGGAUGAGGAAGCUGCCUCCAAUCCCCGGGUGCAGUACUACAAUAAGGUACUCCGUUUACUGGAAGACAUGGCAUUGCCAGCACUGGUACUGCAGUUGGCAGCAAUCGCGGUGACUGAGGCAAGGGAUGACUGGAAGAUUUUGGCUGCGCUGUGGACAAAGAUUUUCAAGCACCACUUGGACCUGGGCCACAACCAUCAGGCUUACGAGUCACUAACCCAGAACCCAGACAGCAGCAGACAGCUGGACUGCCUGCGCCAGUUGGUUGUGGUUCUGUGUGAGCGCUCACAGCUUCAGGAUCUGGUAGAAUUCCCUUACAUCAACCUUCAUGAUGAGGUUGUUGGGAUCAUCGAGUCUCGUGCUCGGGCUGUGGAUCUCAUGACUCACAACUACUAUGAGCUGUUGUAUGCAUUCCAUGUCCAACGGCAUAACUUUCGGAAAGCUGGAACGGUGAUGUUUGAAUACGGAAUGCGUCUGGGGCGAGAGGUCCGCUCUUUGGAUGGACUCCGAAAGCAAGUCAACUGUUACCUUGUCGGGAUAAACUGCCUGCGCCAAAUCCGGUCAGAGUAUGCCUGGAUAGUGCGGCCUGUGUGUGGAGCGACGUACGAACGUCCUGGGGCGUCCCCCAAGAGGAGCUAUGAUGGGGAGCUCACGGCCCCACAGGUCUGCCAUCAGAUUGAUAUAGUGGAACUGAAGGAUUUGGAGAAGGAGUUUGUGCUGGCCCGUACCCGCCUACUACUCGCAAAACAUGACCCAGGCUCGGCAGCAAUAGCAGGCAGUGCCUCUGCUGAGGAGAUGGUUGCCUUACUUGUUCAAGUGGGACUCUUUGAUGCUGCUGUCUCCUUGUGUCAGACCUUCAGACUCUCACUGAACCCCAUCUUUGAAGGGCUGUCCUUCAAGUGCAUUAAACUGCAGCUCAUCGGGGAGGCUGCACAGUCUGACGCCUGGGACUGGUUGAAAGCCAAUCAAAUUCCUUCGAUCAUCGCUACAAAAGAAUCCAGUGCCACAGAUGAAGCCUGGAGAUUGUUGUCAUCCUACCUUGAUCGUUACCAGUCUCCAAGUUCUCAGUAUCAUCGCUGUGUGAUUAACAAACUGCUGUCACAUGGAGUGCCACUUCCGAACUGGCUCAUUAACAGCUAUAAGAAAGUGGACGUUGCCGGGCUCCUGCGGCUGUACCUGAACUAUGACCUUUUGGAGGAAGCCGUCGAGCUGGUUUUGGAAUACGUUGAUGCGUUAAUGGGGAAAGGACCUCAGUACUUCAACAUGGAGAGGUCCCUCUCAGCCACAGCUCCACCGGUUUGGCUGCCGUACACAGCUAUUGACCAGUUACUGCAGGCACUCGGAGAGAACUCAGGCAACCUGAGUAAUGUGAGGCUGUGUGAGAAACUCCGGAGCAGGCUGGCUGAUUAUCACCAGCAGGUGGAUCAGACAACUCUCGACAUGAACAGCUACCGUCGCCAGCAGCAGCAGCAGCAGUUGUUGUAAAAGUGGGCCUGAUUUUGGAGAGCUGCCUUGCUCCACUGGGCAGAUGCAGUGCCUGAAUGACAGGCAACAUCCCAGUGACACAAGCUGCCUUUUCUACGUGACCUUGUGUGCCUCUACAGACUUGUCAAAGUAGGCAUCAUACAGAAACACAUGUGCGCACAUACACCCCCUGACAACGCACACGCUCAGACACACAACUUUGUAAUAAUGUCCAACUUCUGGUUCAACAUCUACUUGUCCCAUUGUCACUGUCCCUGUAUCCAGAGUGUUCUGCAUCUCUCUGUAACUGGGGAGGGUAAUCCCUGGAUCCCUCUGCCUUGUCUCCCUAAGCAGGGGGUGAUCCAUGGAUCUCUGUAUAGGGAUGGAGCCAAUGUGUAUAGUGUGGGAUCCCAGGCUCAUUGUGAGCCAGUGACUAUACGUAGUUUUUUUUACUGUACAUGAAUGCUGAAGAUUUGCCUUUUUAAGGCUUUUUAUUUAUUGGAAGUUUUUUUCCAAUCACGUUUCAUAAAAUAAAGGAAUUAGAAUUGUUUGUU